AUGGCCACCCUGCUGCUACCACCGGGUCCUGACAGCUUGCACCGGUUUACCCGGGAGUCCCUGGCUGCCGUGGAGCAGCGGAUCGCCGAGGAAGAGGCCCGGCGCACCAAGCACUACCAGGAGGACCUGGGAGAUGUGGAGCUGCCCAGGCCCCGGGCCGACCUGGAGGCCGGCAAACAGCUGCCGCGCAUCUUCGGCGACAUCCCCAACGGCCUGGUGGGCGUCCCACUGGAGGACUUCGACCCGUUCUAUUUCAUGAACCAGAGAACUUUUAUAGUAUUGAACAAAGGGAAGGCCAUCUUCCGAUUUAGUGCCACAUCUGCACUCUAUAUUUUUAGCCCCUUUCAUCCUGUUAGAAGAGCAUCGAUAAAGGUUUUAGUUCACUCAUUAUUCAGUCUGUUCAUAAUGUGCACUAUUUUGACCAACUGUUGCUUCAUGGCCAUGUCGGAACCAGAGUAUUGGGCCAAGUAUGUAGAGUACACUUUCACUGGCAUUUACACGUUUGAAUCGUUGAUAAAGAUUCUGGCGAGGGGAUUCUGUGUGGGGCCAUUUACCUUCCUGCGGGACCCUUGGAACUGGCUGGAUUUCAGUGUGAUUGUCAUGGCAUAUGUUACUGAAUUUGUGGACCUGGGCAAUGUCUCAGCAUUACGGACAUUCAGAGUCCUACGAGCACUGAAAACUAUCUCAGUCAUCCCAGGCCUGAAGACCAUCGUGGGUGCGCUGAUCCAGUCAGUGAAGAAGCUUGCGGACGUGAUGAUCCUAACCGUUUUCUGCCUCAGUGUGUUCGCCCUCAUCGGCCUUCAGCUCUUCAUGGGUAACCUGCGACAGAAGUGUGUACGCAGCACGGCGCACUGCGUCAACAACACCCUCAACACCAACACAACCUUUUUCUGCAACAACCGGACGUGGUCCUCACUCAAAGACUUUAUUGCAGACGAAGAUAACUACUACAAAGUGGAGGGAGCGAAGGAUGCCUUAAUAUGUGGGGACGGGAGUGAUGCUGGGCAUUGCCCAGAUGGGUUUGAAUGUAGGAAGGCAGGAAGGAACCCUAACUAUGGUUACACCAGCUUUGACAGCUUUGGUUGGGCGUUUCUCUCCCUCUUCCGGCUGAUGACGCAAGACUACUGGGAGAACCUCUAUCACCAGACUCUGCGGUCAGCAGGAAAGACGUACAUGGUGUUCUUCGUGGUGGUCAUCUUCCUGGGGUCAUUCUACCUGGUUAACCUGAUCCUGGCUGUGGUGGCUAUGGCCUACGAGGAACAGAACCAGGCCACUAUCCAGGAGGCCUGGCAGAAAGAGAGGGAGUUCCAGCUGGCCAUGGAGUGCCUCAAGAAGGAAGCGCAGAAAGCUCAAGACACAGAUUCAUUGAUUUUCCCGGACCUGUUCCCUGGCCUGGCUCUGCCUGACAACAAGGAGAUGCAGAGCAGGAGGAGAAGUCUAGAGGGGCUGGUGGAGGAGACGGAGAACGAGGGAGACGUGGAGGAGGGAGAUGUGAAAACAUUAAAGGUGGAUACAGUUGAUGGGGGCAGGCCAACACACCCCCUCCUCAUCCGCACCAUCUCCACACGCACUAGACGAGGAAGCAACGUCAGUAUAUUUAACUUCCAUCGCCGGAACAAAGACUCAGAGGGUGACUUUGCCGACGAUGAGUUCAGUGUCCAUGGGGACAUUGAAGGGACACACAGUCGUGCUGGGUCCCUGGUGGUCCCGUGGAGCACCAGACGCAGGCCCAGUACCUACAGCACGGGCAGCCGGGGUUCCCAGGUCUUCCUCAACAUCAAUGGGAAGUUGUUUGUGGCCAUGGACCAGAACGGGGUCACCCCGCAGGGCCUCCCAGCAUGCACCAUUGAGAGGGUCAAGGAGGAGAGUAGGCCUAACUCCAGCACAGAGCUGAGCAACAUGCUGCUCCCUUGCCAGGUAUCCAGAGAAGAGCACGCACGCAGGGACCGAGCUCUGAGCGCCGCCAGCUACCUCACCGACGCCUUGGAGGAACUGGAGGAGUCGCGUCAGAAGUGCCACCCCUGCUGGUAUGAGUUUGCCCACAAGUACCUGAUCUGGGAAAGCAGUCCACGUUGGCUUCGGUUGAAGGUGCUGGUCAAGGUGAUGGUGAUGGAUCCCUUCCUGGACCUAGCCAUUACCAUCUGCAUCGUGCUCAACACCCUGUUCAUGGCCAUGGAGCACUACCCCAUGACUGACGAAUUCAACGGCAUGCUGUCCAUAGGCAACCUGGUAUUCUCCGGGAUCUUCACCGCUGAGAUGGUCUUAAAGAUCAUCGCUCUAGAUCCAUACUACUAUUUCCAACAAGGUUGGAACAUCUUUGACAGCAUCAUCGUGUGCCUCAGCCUCAUGGAGCUGGGCCUGUCUGACGUGGAGGGACUGUCCGUUCUCCGGUCCUUCAGACUGCUGAGGGUGUUCAAGUUGGCCAAGUCGUGGCCCACCCUCAACACACUCAUCAAGAUCAUCGGCAACUCGGUGGGCGCCCUGGGAAACCUGACCCUGGUCCUAGCCAUCAUAGUCUUCAUCUUUGCCGUGGUGGGCAUGCAGCUGUUCGGCAAGAACUACCAAGACUGCGUGUGUAAGAUCUCCAAAGACUGUACGCUGCCGCGCUGGCACAUGAAGGACUUCUUCCACUCGUUCCUCAUCGUGUUCCGGGUGCUGUGCGGCGAGUGGAUCGAGACCAUGUGGGAUUGUAUGGAGGUGGCCGGGCAACCUCUCUGCAUCCUGGUCUUCAUGCUCGUCAUGGUGAUCGGGAACCUAGUGGUACUCAACCUCUUCCUAGCCUUGCUGCUCAGCUCAUUCAGCUCGGACAACCUCUCGGCGCCCGACGACGACGGCGAGAUGAACAACCUGCAGAUCGCUCUUGGCCGCAUCAAAAGCGGCAUGGGCUGGCUCCGAAGCCAGAUCUGUGACUUCUUCAACGGCAACUUCAAGAGGCGACGGCAGAAGAGAAAAGAAACAAAGGCCAUGCUGAAGCUCAAGAGGCUGAGCCACGGUGCUCCGCUUGGCGAGGUGGGCAACGGGACAGUGGUGACGGUGGGGGGAGGGAUCGGGGUCGAUGACAGCUACAUGACAAACCCCAAUCUGACCAUCAGCGUGCCCAUCGCUCCUGGCGAGUCAGACGUGGAGUUCCCUGAGGAGGAUGAUGAUGAUGAGGAUGAGAGCGAGAGCUCAGAGGAGGAGGAGGAGGAAGAGGAGGAACCAGUCAAGGUAAAGGAUGACGUCAGCCUUUCAGAGGGCAGCACAGUGGAUCUGAGGAAGCCAGGGGAGGAAGAGGAUGAGUAUUCGGAGAUGGCCGAAGAGACCAUGGAUCCUGACAACUGCUUCCCUGAUGUAUGCGUGCGCCACUUCCAGUGCUGUGACAUCCAAACCACGGCGGGCCUGGGCCAGGCAUGGUGGCGGUUGAGGAAGACCUGCUUUCAGAUCGUGGAGCACAGCUGGUUCGAGUCCUUCAUCAUUUUUAUGAUCCUGCUGAGCAGCGGCGCUCUGGCCUUUGAGGACAUCUACAUCGAACAGAGAAAAGUGGUUAAAGUGGUGCUGGAGUACGCCGACAAGAUCUUCACCUACAUUUUCAUUCUGGAGAUGCUCCUCAAGUGGAUUGCAUACGGAUUCAAGAAGUACUUCACUAACUACUGGUGCUGGCUGGAUUUCCUGAUUGUGGAUGUGUCUUUGGUGAGCCUAGUGGCUAACACGCUUGGCUACUCGGACUUCGCUGCCAUCAAAUCACUUAGAACCCUCAGAGCCCUGAGGCCGCUAAGAGCACUGUCCCGAUUUGAAGGCAUGCGGGUUGUGGUAAACGCCCUGAUCGGCGCCAUCCCGUCCAUCAUGAACGUACUGCUGGUGUGCCUGAUCUUCUGGCUCAUCUUCAGCAUCAUGGGGGUCAAUCUGUUCGCCGGCAAGUACGGACGCUGCGUCAACCUGACGGGCUACAUCCACAAUGUGUCCAUGGUCAACAACAAGACCGACUGCCUGGCCAUGAACGACACGCAGUUCUACUGGACCAGAGUCAAGGUCAACUUCGACAACGUGGGCGCCGGUUACCUUGCCCUCUUACAAGUUGCUACAUUCAAAGGCUGGAUGGAGAUCAUGUAUGCAGCAGUGGAUUCUCGUGCUGUGGACGAGCAGCCUAUCAGAGAGGUCAACAUGUACAUGUACCUAUACUUCGUCAUUUUCAUAAUCUUUGGCUCCUUCUUCACCCUUAACCUCUUCAUUGGCGUCAUCAUCGACAACUUCAACCAGCAGAAACGAAAGAUAAGUGGGCAAGACAUCUUCAUGACAGAGGAACAGAAAAAGUACUACAAUGCCAUGAAGAAGCUAGGGUCUAAAAAGCCUCAGAAACCAAUUCCAAGGCCAUUGAACCAAGUGCAGGGCUUCUUCUUCGACCUGGUGGGCAAGCAAGCAUUCGACAUCAUCAUCAUGGUCCUCAUCCUGCUCAACAUGAUUACCAUGAUGGUGGAGACGGACGAGCAGCCGGCCCGCAUGGAGUACAUCCUCAACAAAAUCAACCUGGCCUUCAUCAUCAUCUUCUCCUGCGAGUGCCUCAUCAAGAUCGUGGCGCUACGCUGCUACUUCUUCACCAUUGGCUGGAACAUCUUCGACUUUGUAGUGGUCAUCCUCUCCAUCGUUGGUAUCGUUCUCGCUGACAUCAUAGAGAAGUACUUUGUGUCGCCGACACUGUUCCGAGUCAUUCGAUUGGCCAGGAUCGGACGAGUACUUCGACUCAUCCGCGGAGCCAAAGGAAUAAGGACCUUACUCUUUGCCUUAAUGAUGUCCCUUCCCGCCCUGUUCAACAUCGGCCUCCUGCUCUUUCUGGUCAUGUUCAUAUAUGCCAUCUUUGGCAUGGCCAACUUUGCCUAUGUCAAGAAGCAGGCGGGCAUCGACGACAUGUUCAACUUCGAGACGUUUGGCAACAGUAUGAUCUGCCUAUUCCAGAUCACCACGUCAGCGGGCUGGGAUGGCCUGCUCAGCCCAAUCCUCAACAACUCUCCGGAAGAGUGCAACCCCAACCUCGUCCACACAGGCACCAAUGCCAGGGGCAACUGUGGCAACCCCUCGGUGGGCAUCACCUUCUUCGUCACCUACAUCAUCAUCUCCUUCCUCAUCGUGGUCAACAUGUACAUCGCCAUCAUCCUGGAGAACUUCAGCGUGGCCACUGAGGAGAGCACCGAGCCGCUGAGUGAGGACGACUUCGAGAUGUUCUAUGAGGUGUGGGAGAAGUUCGACCCAGAGGCCACGCAGUUCAUCGAGUACGCCAAGCUGUCAGACUUUGCUGACACACUGUCGGAGCCACUGCGCAUUGGCAAGCCUAACAAAAUCAAGCUGAUCUCCAUGGACCUGCCCAUGGUCAGUGGAGACAAGAUCCACUGCCUGGACAUUCUCUUUGCCUUCACCAAGCGUGUGUUGGGCGAGUCGGGCGAGAUGGAUGCUCUUAAGCAGCAAAUGGAGGAGAAAUUCAUGAUGGCCAACCCAUCCAAGAUCUCCUACGAGCCUAUCACCACCACACUGAGGCGCAAACAGGAGGACAUGUCCGCCGCUGUCAUCCAGAGGUGCUACCGCCGGCACCUGUUGCGGAGGCAGAUGAAGCAAGCCUCCUUCAUGUACAGAUCAAUGCAGAUCAAUCUGACGCAAAGCUCCACGGACAAGAGGGUCACCGCCCCGGAGAAAGAGGGCCUCAUAGCCUCCAUGAUCAAGGAGAACUACGGGGGGCCUGAGAUGGAGCUGAUGGAGACCCUGUCCUCCACCUCCUCUCCGCCGUCUUACGACAGCGUCACACGGGCGACUAGCGAACUUUUCCAAGUUUUAAUUCUCGAACAGUCCAGGAACAGUGACCUAAGCGAACAUUGCCCUGCCCCCGACAGAGACCGCGAGACAUUUCUGUAA